GACUGCACUAGUUCAAUAUUUCACAAUGGCCAAAUCAAAGACGCUGACCAAGAAGGCCGAAAAGGCGACCGAGGCGCCUCUUACCACCAAGCCGACAAAUGGUACACCCUACCAAUUGGACCCGUCGCAGGUCGAGCGCGCGGCCAAGGCGCUCGUUGCGCACAUGAAGAAACAUGUUGAAGAGAAGAAGGAGAGUGCGCCAGUAAAGAGUCUGGCAGCUGAUGAGGACGAGCCGGAAGAGGUGGACGAGCCCAUCUUCCUCAGCCUGUCGACGAAGAAGCAGAUUGGCAACACCAAGAGCUUGAAGCCUGUAGCCAUCAAGCUACCACACCCCAUCAUCGCCAACGAUGUCCGGAUAUGCAUCUUCACCAAAGAUCCCCAAAGAGCAUACAAGGACCUUGUGGCUUCCGGCGCUUUCCCAGCCGCCCUCCGCGAAAAGGUACAGCGUGUGCUCGGUGUGGAAAAGCUGAAGAAGCGAUACAAGGCCUUUGAGCAGAAGCGCGCACUUCUUGCCGAAUACGACGUCUUUCUGGUCGACGAUCGCAUCAUCAAAAUCGUCGCAGAGUUCUUGGGCAAGGUUUUCUACAAAAGCAAGUCCAAGCGCCCUAUUCCUAUUCGUCUCACUGCCGGCGCAUACAUCGACAAGAGCGCAAAGAAGGAUUCAAAAGAGCCGCAAAACAUAGUGGGAUCGGCGCAGGGCGUCGCAAAGGAAAUCGAAUCUGCUCUGAGCUCAACCUACCUCAGCAUGAGCCCGUCGGCAAACACUUCGAUCAAGGUCGCCAACCUCUCCAUGACACCCGAGCAAAUCGUCCAAAAUACCGCCGCAGUCGUUUCCGAAGUUGUCAACAAGCACGUCGGUCAAGGCUGGCGCAAUGUUCGUAGCUUGCACAUCAAGGGCCCUGCGACGAAAGCGUUGCCUAUUUGGCUGGCUGAGGAGCUCUGGGUCGAUCAAGACCAAGUCCGCGACGGACCAUACCAAGGCACGCUCGCUGAGGGCGCAAAGGGCAGGUCUGCAGAACGCAAGCGCAAGUGGGAAGAGUGGGAAGAAGAAAUCCUAGAUGAUGAGACGCUUGCAGUGAAACAGGCAAACCGAGAAGCGAAGAGGAACAAGAAGACGGAAAAGAAGAGCUCGAUCAGCAAAGAGAAAAGGAAAGCAAUGAAGCAGGCUGCUCUUGAGUCGGUGCAGACUCCGUUGAUUGCUGGCUAAAGCUUCUGAAAAGCAUCCAUGCAUGGCACGGCGUUAGGGUGUUCAAAAUUUAUUGGAUAACAUGGCAAUACACCAUGUUGUAGUUUGUAGUAAAUGUAUCUUCUGCCUGUACGCCAA